GCUCUGACGUGGACCCCGGGGCCGCGGGCGCGGCGGGGGGGUCGGCAGCCCGGGGGCUUCUUAAACCCCCUGCCCGGGCCCAGCCUGCAUUUCCCGAGCACUGCUCCGCCCCAGGAGGGAGAGAGAGUCCUAGCCCGACAGCCCAGCUGCUCAGCCAGCCUAGGAGGCCCGCGAGCCCCGCCAGCCAGAGCGCUAGAGAAGUUUCCAAGCGCAGUGUCCUGCUGUCCCGCCCCGACAGCGCCCCAACAGCACCUACAGCCCAACCUCAGGCCGCAGGACCCCAGCCCCGCACCCGCCAGCAUGAUGAACAAUAGCAGCUACUCCGAUGCCUCCGGCCUCGGCCUAGCCGACGAGGCGGACGAGAUGCCGUCCACCGAAAAGGACUUAGCGGAGGACGCGCCGUGGAAGAAGAUCCAGCAAAACACGUUCACUCGGUGGUGCAACGAGCACCUGAAGUGUGUGGGCAAACGCCUGACCGACCUGCAGCGCGACCUCAGCGACGGGCUGCGCCUCAUCGCGCUCCUCGAAGUGCUCAGCCAGAAGCGCAUGUACCGCAAGUUCCACCCGCGCCCCAACUUCCGCCAGAUGAAGCUGGAGAACGUGUCUGUGGCCCUGGAGUUCCUGGAGCGCGAACACAUCAAGCUCGUGUCCAUCGACAGCAAGGCUAUCGUGGAUGGGAACCUGAAGCUGAUCCUGGGCCUGAUCUGGACCCUGAUCCUUCACUACUCCAUUUCCAUGCCCAUGUGGGAGGAUGAAGAUGAUGAGGAUGCCCGCAAACAGACACCCAAGCAGCGUCUCCUAGGCUGGAUCCAGAACAAGGUCCCCCAGCUGCCCAUCACCAACUUUAACCGAGACUGGCAGGAUGGCAAGGCUCUGGGUGCCCUGGUGGACAACUGUGCCCCUGGUCUCUGCCCUGACUGGGAAGCCUGGGACCCCAACCAACCUGUGCAGAAUGCCAGAGAGGCCAUGCAGCAAGCAGACGACUGGCUCGGGGUGCCCCAGGUGAUUGCCCCUGAAGAAAUCGUGGACCCCAACGUGGAUGAGCAUUCUGUCAUGACCUAUCUGUCCCAGUUUCCUAAAGCCAAGCUCAAACCUGGUGCCCCUGUUCGUUCUAAGCAGCUGAACCCCAAGAAAGCCAUUGCCUAUGGUCCUGGCAUCGAGCCCCAGGGUAACACCGUGCUGCAGCCUGCCCACUUCACCGUGCAGACAGUAGAUGCUGGUGUGGGCGAGGUGCUGGUCUACAUCGAGGACCCCGAGGGGCACACUGAGGAGGCCAAAGUGGUUCCCAACAAUGACAAGGACCGCACAUAUGCUGUCUCCUAUGUGCCCAAGGUUGCUGGGUUACACAAGGUGACUGUGCUCUUUGCUGGCCAGAACAUUGAGCGUAGUCCCUUCGAGGUGAAUGUGGGCAUGGCUCUCGGGGAUGCCAACAAAGUAUCAGCCCAUGGCCCUGGCCUGGAGCCUGUGGGCAAUGUAGCCAACAAACCCACCUACUUUGACAUAUAUACUGCAGGGGCUGGCACUGGUGAUGUUGCCGUGGUGAUCGUGGACCCGCAGGGGAGGCGGGAUACAGUAGAGGUGGCGCUGGAGGACAAGGGUGACAACACGUUCCGCUGCACGUACAGGCCUGUGAUGGAGGGGCCACACACAGUGCAUGUGGCGUUUGCUGGUGCACCUAUCACUCGAAGUCCUUUCCCUGUCCACGUGGCAGAAGCCUGUAAUCCCAAUGCCUGCCGUGCCUCUGGGCGGGGCCUGCAGCCCAAAGGUGUCCGCGUGAAAGAAGUGGCUGACUUCAAGGUGUUCACCAAGGGUGCUGGCAGUGGAGAACUCAAGGUCACAGUCAAGGGUCCAAAGGGCACAGAGGAGCCAGUGAAAGUCCGGGAGGCUGGGGACGGUGUGUUCGAGUGCGAGUACUACCCAGUAGUGCCUGGAAAGUAUGUGGUGACCAUCACCUGGGGUGGCUAUGCCAUUCCCCGCAGUCCUUUUGAGGUCCAGGUGAGCCCUGAGGCUGGAACCCAGAAAGUGCGAGCAUGGGGUCCUGGUUUGGAGACUGGCCAGGUGGGCAAGUCAGCUGACUUUGUGGUGGAAGCCAUUGGCACAGAAGUGGGGACUCUGGGCUUCUCCAUCGAGGGGCCCUCACAAGCCAAGAUAGAGUGUGAUGACAAGGGUGACGGUUCCUGUGACGUGCGGUACUGGCCCACUGAGCCCGGGGAGUAUGCCGUGCAUGUCAUCUGUGAUGACGAGGACAUCCGUGACUCACCCUUCAUAGCCCACAUUCAGCCAGCCCCACCAGACUGCUUCCCAGACAAGGUAAAAGCAUUUGGACCUGGCCUGGAGCCCACUGGCUGCAUCGUGGACAAGCCUGCCGAGUUCACCAUUGAUGCCCGUGCUGCCGGCAAAGGAGAUCUAAAGCUGUAUGCCCAGGAUGCAGAUGGCUGCCCCAUCGACAUCAAGGUGAUCCCCAAUGGAGAUGGCACCUUCCGCUGCUCCUACGUGCCUACCAAGCCCAUCAAGCAUACUAUCAUCAUCUCCUGGGGAGGUGUCAACGUGCCCAAGAGCCCCUUCAGGGUGAAUGUGGGAGAAGGCAGCCAUCCUGAGCGGGUAAAGGUAUAUGGCCCUGGAGUGGAGAAGACAGGCCUUAAGGCCAACGAACCCACCUAUUUCACAGUGGACUGCAGUGAAGCCGGGCAAGGUGAUGUAAGCAUUGGCAUCAAGUGCGCACCUGGCGUGGUGGGGCCUGUGGAAGCCGACAUCGACUUUGACAUCAUCAAGAAUGACAAUGACACUUUCACAGUCAAGUACACACCUCCAGGGGCUGGCCACUACACCAUCAUGGUGCUGUUUGCCAACCAGGAAAUCCCUGCCAGUCCCUUCCACAUCAAGGUGGACCCAUCCCAUGAUGCUAGCAAGGUCAAGGCUGAGGGCCCUGGGCUGAGCCGCACAGGUGUGGAAGUUGGAAAGCCAACUCACUUUACUGUGCUGACCAAGGGGGCCGGCAAGGCCAAGCUGGAUGUGCACUUUGCUGGGGCAGCCAAGGGCGAGGCCGUGCGGGACUUUGAAAUUAUUGACAACCAUGACUAUUCAUACACAGUCAAGUACACUGCUGUCCAGCAGGGCAACAUGGCAGUAACAGUGACCUAUGGUGGGGACCCUGUCCCCAAAAGUCCCUUUGUGGUGAAUGUGGCACCCCCAUUGGACCUCAGCAAAGUCAAAGUUCAAGGCCUUAACAGCAAGGUAGCUGUUGGACAGGAACAGGCAUUCUCAGUGAAUACAAGAGGCGCUGGUGGUCAGGGCCAACUAGAUGUGCGGAUGACCUCACCGUCCCGAAGGCCCAUCCCCUGCAAACUGGAGCCUGGUGGUGGAGCAGAAGCCCAGGCUGUGCGGUACAUGCCCCCUGAAGAAGGACCAUACAAGGUGGACAUCACCUAUGAUGGUCACCCAGUGCCUGGUAGCCCCUUUGCUGUGGAAGGUGUCCUGCCCCCUGACCCCUCCAAGGUCUGCGCUUACGGGCCUGGUCUCAAGGGUGGGCUUGUAGGCACUCCUGCACCAUUCUCCAUUGACACCAAAGGGGCCGGCACUGGAGGCCUGGGGCUGACCGUUGAGGGCCCCUGUGAAGCCAAGAUUGAGUGCCAAGACAAUGGUGAUGGAUCCUGUGCUGUCAGCUACCUGCCCACAGAGCCAGGCGAGUACACCAUCAAUAUCCUGUUUGCUGAAGCCCACAUCCCCGGCUCACCUUUCAAAGCCACCAUCCAGCCUGUGUUCGACCCAAGCAAGGUGAGGGCCAGUGGGCCAGGCCUGGAGCGUGGCAAGGCUGGAGAGGCAGCCACCUUCACCGUGGACUGCUCCGAAGCGGGUGAGGCUGAGCUCACCAUCGAGAUCCUGUCAGAUGCUGGUGUCAAAGCUGAGGUGCUGAUUCAAAACAACGCGGAUGGCACCUACCAUAUCACCUACAGCCCUGCCUUCCCUGGCACCUACACCAUCACCAUCAAGUAUGGCGGCCACCCCAUACCCAAGUUCCCUACCCGUGUCCAUGUGCAGCCUGCAGUUGAUACCAGUGGCGUCAAGGUCUUUGGGCCUGGUGUGGAGCCACAUGGUGUCCUGCGGGAGGUGACCACUGAGUUUACUGUGGAUGCGAGGUCUCUAACAGCCACAGGUGGCAACCAUGUGACAGCCCGUGUGCUCAACCCCUCGGGCGCUAAGACAGACACCUAUGUGACAGAUAAUGGGGACGGCACCUACCGAGUGCAGUACACAGCCUACGAGGAGGGUGUGCAUGUGGUGGACGUGCUGUACGAUGACAUAGCUGUGCCCAAGAGCCCCUUCCGAGUGGGUGUGACUGAAGGCUGUGACCCCACCAGAGUCCGGGCCUUCGGUCCAGGCCUGGAGGGCGGCUCGGUCAACAAGGCUAACCGCUUCACUGUGGAAACAAGGGGUGCUGGCACAGGAGGCCUUGGCCUAGCCAUUGAGGGCCCCUCAGAAGCUAAGAUGUCAUGCAAGGACAACAAGGAUGGUAGUUGCACAGUGGAGUACAUCCCCUUCACCCCUGGAGACUACGAUGUCAACAUCACCUUUGGGGGACAGCCCAUCCCAGGAAGCCCAUUCCGAGUCCCUGUGAAGGACGUGGUAGACCUUGGGAAGGUGAAGUGCUCAGGACCAGGGCUAGGGACCGGCGUCAGGGCUCGGGUACCUCAGACCUUCACAGUGGACUGCAGUCAAGCUGGCCGGGCUCCUCUGCAGGUGGCUGUGCUGGGCCCCACAGGUGUAGCUGAGCCCGUGGAGGUGCGUGACAAUGGGGAUGGCACCCACACUGUCCACUACACACCUGCUACGGAUGGGCCCUAUACAGUAGCUGUCAAAUAUGCUGACCAGGAGGUGCCACGCAGCCCUUUCAAGAUCAAAGUGCUUCCAGCCCAUGAUGCCAGCAAGGUGCGGGCCAGCGGCCCCGGCCUCAACGCCUCCGGCAUCCCUGCCAGCCUUCCUGUGGAGUUCACCAUUGAUGCUCGGGAUGCUGGGGAGGGGCUGCUCACUGUCCAGAUCCUGGAUCCUGAGGGUAAACCAAAGAAGGCCAACAUCCGGGACAAUGGGGACGGCACGUACACUGUGUCCUACCUGCCAGACAUGAGUGGUCGCUAUACCAUCACCAUCAAGUAUGGCGGCGAUGAGAUCCCAUACUCACCCUUCCGUAUCCAUGCCCUGCCUACAGGGGAUGCCAGCAAGUGCCUUGUUACAGUGUCCAUUGGAGGCCAUGGCCUGGGUGCCUGCCUGGGCCCCAGAAUCCAGAUUGGAGAGGAGACUGUGAUUACAGUGGACGCCAAGGCAGCAGGCAAGGGGAAGGUGACCUGCACGGUGUCCACGCCUGACGGGGCCGAACUUGAUGUGGAUGUGGUUGAGAACCACGAUGGUACCUUCGAUAUCUACUACACGGCACCCGAGCCGGGCAAAUAUGUCAUCACCAUCCGCUUUGGGGGUGAACACAUCCCCAACAGCCCCUUCCACGUGCUGGCAUGUGACCCCCUGCCUCAUGUGGAGGAGCCCGCGGAAGUGCUGCAGCCACACCAGCCCUAUGCCCCGCUCCGGCCUGGCGCUUGCCCCACACACUGGGCCACAGAGGAGCCCGUGGUGCCCGUGGAGCCACUGGAGUCCAUGCUGAGGCCCUUCAACUUGGUCAUCCCCUUCACUGUGCAGAAAGGGGAGCUCACAGGCGAGGUCCGGAUGCCCUCUGGUAAAACAGCACGCCCCAACAUCACUGACAACAAGGAUGGUACCAUCACGGUGAGAUAUGCACCCACAGAGAAAGGUCUGCACCAGAUGGGGAUCAAAUACGAUGGCAACCACAUCCCUGGGAGUCCUCUGCAGUUCUAUGUGGAUGCCAUCAACAGCCGCCAUGUCAGUGCCUAUGGACCAGGUCUGAGCCAUGGCAUGGUCAACAAGCCUGCCACCUUCACAAUUGUCACCAAGGAUGCUGGAGAAGGGGGACUGUCACUGGCUGUGGAGGGCCCAUCCAAGGCAGAGAUCACCUGCAAGGACAACAAGGAUGGCACCUGCACCGUGUCCUACCUACCCACAGCACCUGGAGACUAUAGCAUCAUUGUGCGUUUCGAUGACAAGCACAUCCCAGGGAGCCCCUUCACAGCCAAGAUCACAGGUGACGACUCAAUGAGAACAUCUCAGCUUAACGUGGGCACCUCCACGGAUGUGUCACUGAAGAUCACUGAGAGUGACCUCAGCCAGCUGACAGCCAGUAUCCGUGCUCCUUCGGGCAAUGAGGAGCCAUGCCUGCUAAAGCGCCUGCCCAACAGACACAUUGGGAUCUCCUUUACCCCCAAGGAGGUUGGUGAACAUGUCGUGAGUGUACGCAAGAGUGGCAAGCAUGUCACCAACAGCCCCUUUAAGAUUUUGGUGGGGCCUUCAGAGAUCGGCGAUGCCAGCAAAGUUCGCGUCUGGGGCAAGGGCCUUUCGGAGGGGCACACCUUCCAGGUGGCAGAGUUCAUUGUGGACACUCGCAAUGCAGGAUAUGGAGGUCUGGGGCUAAGCAUUGAAGGUCCUAGCAAGGUGGACAUUAACUGUGAGGACAUGGAGGACGGUACGUGCAAAGUCACCUACUGCCCUACCGAACCGGGCACCUACAUCAUCAACAUCAAGUUUGCUGACAAACAUGUGCCUGGCAGCCCCUUCACUGUGAAGGUGACUGGCGAGGGACGCAUGAAGGAAAGCAUCACCCGGCGCAGACAGGCACCUUCCAUUGCCACCAUUGGUAGCACCUGUGACCUCAACCUCAAGAUCCCAGGAAACUGGUUUCAGAUGGUGUCUGCCCAGGAGCGCCUGACGCGCACCUUCACACGCAGCAGUCACACAUACACCCGCACAGAGAGGACAGAGAUCAGUAAGACACGGGGUGGGGAGACCAAGCGCGAAGUCCGGGUGGAGGAGUCCACCCAGGUUGGCGGAGACCCUUUCCCUGCUGUUUUUGGUGACUUCCUGGGCCGGGAACGCCUAGGCUCCUUCGGCAGCAUCACCCGACAGCAAGAAGGUGAGGCCAGCUCUCAGGACAUGACAGCGCAGGUGACCAGCCCAUCUGGCAAGACGGAAGCUGCAGAGAUUGUUGAGGGAGAGGACAGCGCAUACAGUGUGCGUUUUGUGCCCCAGGAGAUGGGUCCCCACACAGUCACGGUCAAAUACCGUGGCCAACACGUGCCUGGAAGCCCUUUUCAGUUCACCGUGGGUCCACUGGGUGAAGGUGGUGCCCACAAGGUGCGAGCUGGAGGCACAGGGCUGGAGCGAGGUGUAGCUGGUGUGCCAGCUGAGUUUAGCAUCUGGACCCGAGAAGCUGGUGCUGGGGGCCUGUCUAUUGCUGUGGAAGGUCCCAGCAAGGCAGAGAUUGCAUUUGAAGACCGCAAAGACGGUUCUUGUGGUGUCUCCUACGUUGUCCAGGAGCCAGGUGACUAUGAGGUCUCCAUCAAGUUCAAUGAUGAGCACAUCCCAGACAGCCCCUUUGUGGUGCCUGUGGCCUCCCUCUCAGAUGACGCUCGCCGUCUCACCGUCACCAGCCUCCAGGAAACAGGGCUUAAGGUGAACCAGCCGGCAUCUUUCGCAGUUCAGCUUAACGGGGCACGUGGCGUGAUUGAUGCUCGGGUCCACACACCCUCAGGAGCUGUGGAGGAGUGCUAUGUCUCCGAACUGGACAGCGAUAAGCAUACCAUCCGCUUCAUCCCCCACGAGAAUGGCGUUCACUCAAUUGAUGUCAAGUUCAAUGGUGCCCACAUCCCUGGAAGCCCCUUCAAGAUCCGUGUUGGGGAGCAGAGCCAAGCUGGGGACCCAGGCUUAGUGUCAGCCUACGGGCCCGGGCUUGAAGGAGGCACUACUGGUGUGUCAUCAGAGUUCAUUGUGAACACCCAGAAUGCAGGCUCGGGGGCCUUGUCAGUCACCAUUGACGGCCCUUCCAAGGUGCAGCUGGACUGUCGGGAGUGUGCUGAGGGCCAUGUGGUCACUUACACUCCCAUGGCCCCUGGUAACUACCUCAUUGCCAUCAAGUAUGGGGGCCCUCAGCACAUUGUGGGCAGCCCCUUCAAAGCAAAGGUCACAGGUCCUCGGUUGUCUGGAGGCCACAGCCUUCACGAAACAUCCACAGUUCUGGUGGAGACCGUGACAAAGUCCUCCUCGAGCCGCGGCGCCAGCUAUAGUUCCGUCCCCAAGUUCUCCUCAGAUGCCAGCAAGGUGGUGACAAGGGGCCCCGGUCUGUCCCAGGCCUUUGUGGGUCAGAAGAACUCAUUCACUGUGGACUGUAGCAAAGCAGGCACCAACAUGAUGAUGGUGGGUGUGCAUGGGCCCAAGACCCCCUGUGAAGAGGUGUACGUGAAGCACAUGGGCAACCGGGUAUACAACGUCACCUACACUGUCAAGGAGAAAGGAGACUACAUCCUCAUUGUCAAAUGGGGAGAUGAAAGUGUCCCUGGAAGCCCCUUCAAGGUCAAUGUGCCCUGAGCCCCAGAAGUGCCUCCCCCAGCCCAGGCCCCUACUUCCUGUCAAACUCUCACCUACACAAAUGUGCCAUACACCUAUGCACACUCACAGAAUUAGACACUAAAACAUCUGCCUUAGAUGUGAUGUGAGUGGCACAAUCCCCACCCCACUGUGCACUUGAGGGGUGGAGGGGGCUUUACCUGUCUCAGAUCAGUGUCCCUCAUAUGUGGCCUGAGGGCAUGCUGGAGUGAGGCUCAGGGCAGAGACUGUGACGUAAGGGGUUAGACAGGUAUUGGGAGGCCCAUGGUAGCCCUGGGGAUCAUAGUGGGCUGAAGCCACUGGGCAAGCACUGACUUGGGGUAUCUGUGCAUGAGAGAAAUCGCUCUCCCAAACUGCCACACCUGAGGACUCUGUCAGGCCUGUCUGGUGGCCACAACCCUAGAGAUAGGGACUUGGAAAAGAAAGAGUAACCAGAGGAAAAGCAAACCCAGGAAAAGCAACACGUGGCAUGUGGACUGGCCCUGAGUGCCAUACUCUGCCCAAGCCAGGCUUCCCAGGGGACUGAUUUCUCUUAUUAUUAUUAUUA